UUUCCCAGCUGUUUUCCGUCAGCACUCGGCUCUUUCCGCCUGGGGCUUCGGGUAUUUCCGGCAGGCAAUUCGGGUGUUUUCGCCGCCAGCUUCGGGCGGACUCGGCGCUUGGCCGGCCUCGUUCCUUCCCUCCCCGCCGCCUGCCCCGGUAACGGUCGCUGGGAGUUUAAAUGAGCAGGGGCCGGGUCGGGCCGCGCCGCCGCCGGGACACGCACUGAGGCGGGGCCGGGGCCGCCCCGCUCCGGGCUCGGCGAGGAGGAGGAGGAGGAGGAGGCGGCGGAGAAGGAGGAGGCCGGGGAGAGCAGGAUGACGGUGCUACAGGAACCCGUCCAGGCUGCUAUAUGGCAAGCGCUUAACCACUAUGCUUACCGCGAUGCAGUGUUCCUUGCAGAAAGAUUGUAUGCAGAAGUACAUUCAGAAGAAGCACUGUUUUUACUGGCAACGUGUUACUACCGCUCAGGAAAGGCAUAUAAAGCAUACAGGCUCCUAAAGGGACACAGCUGUACUACCCCGCAAUGUAAAUACCUGCUUGCAAAAUGUUGUGUUGACCUCAGCAAGCUUGCAGAAGGAGAGCAGAUCUUAUCUGGUGGAGUCUUGAAUAAACAGAAAAGCCAUGAUGACAUUGUUAUGGAGUUUGGUGACUCUGCAUGCUUUACACUCUCCUUACUGGGACAUGUCUACUGCAAGACAGACCGGCUUGCCAAAGGAUCAGAAUGUUACCAAAAGAGCCUUAGUUUAAAUCCUUUCCUCUGGUCCCCUUUUGAAUCGCUAUGUGAAAUAGGUGAAAAACCAGACCCUGACCAAACGUUUAAAUUAACAUCUUUACAGAACUUCAGCAGCUGUCUGCCUAACACUUGCACAACGUUGGUAUCUAAUCACAACAUAUCCCAUAGGCAGCCUGAGACUGUCCUUAUGGAAACGCCACAAGACACAAUUGAGUUGAACAGAAUCAACCUAGAAUCCUCCAAUUCAAAAUAUUCCUCCUUGAACACGGAUUCUUCUAUGUCUUACAUUGACUCGGCUGUAAUUUCACCAGAUGCUGUCCCGCUCGGGUCAGGAACUGCCAUAUUGUCUAAACAGGCUCAAAAUAAACCAAAAACCGGGCGGAGUUUACUGGGGGGACCUGCAGCUUUGAGCCCUCUAACUCCAAGCUUUGGAAUUUUGCCACUAGAAACGCCAAGCCCUGGAGAUGGAUCGUAUUUACAAAACUACACAAACUCUUCCUCUGUAAUUGAUGUGCCAUCCACAGGAGCACCUUCGAAGAAGACUGUCAGCAGGAUAAGCCAAGCUGGAACAAAAUCUGUCUUCUCGCAGAGCGGCAAUAGCCGGGAAGUCACUCCAAUUCUUGUUGCACAAACGCAGAGCUCCGGCCCACAGACAAGUACAACACCUCAGGUAUUGAGCCCGACAAUUGCUGCUCCACCAAACGCACUGCCUCGAAGAAGCUCUCGCCUGUUUACUAGUGAUAGCUCUACAACAAAGGAAAAUAGCAAAAAAUUAAAAAUGAAGUUUCCACCUAAGAUUCCAAACAGAAAAACAAAAAGUAAAACAAAUAAGGGAGGAAUAACUCAACCAAACUUAAAUGAUGGUUUGGAAAUUACCAAACUGGACUCUUCCAUCAUUUCAGAAGGGAAAAUUUCCACUGUUGCACCACAGAUCCAGGCUUUUACGCUACAGAAGGCAGCAGCAGAAGGUUUGAUGAGCCUUCUUCGUGACAUGGGGAAAGGUUACUUAGCCUUGUGUUCGUACAACUGCAAAGAAGCGAUAAAUAUUUUAAGCCAUUUACCAUCCCACCACUACAACACUGGCUGGGUGCUGUGCCAAAUUGGGAGAGCUUACUUCGAACUCGCAGAGUAUAUGCAGGCUGAGAGAAUAUUUUCCGAAGUAAGGAGGAUUGAGAACUACAGAGUAGAAGGCAUGGAGAUCUAUUCGACUACGCUGUGGCACCUGCAGAAAGAUGUUGCGCUCUCAGUUCUCUCAAAGGAUUUGACGGACAUGGAUAAAAACUCACCGGAGGCUUGGUGUGCUGCAGGGAACUGUUUCAGCUUGCAACGAGAGCAUGACAUUGCAAUCAAGUUCUUCCAGCGAGCCAUUCAAGUUGAUCCCAACUAUGCUUAUGCCUACACCCUCUUGGGGCACGAAUUUGUGCUAACGGAAGAACUAGACAAAGCAUUAGCUUGUUUUAGAAAUGCAAUCAGAGUCAACCCUAGACACUAUAAUGCAUGGUAUGGGUUGGGAAUGAUUUAUUACAAACAGGAAAAAUUCAGUCUAGCAGAAAUGCAUUUCCAGAAAGCACUUGAUAUCAAUCCGCAGAGCUCAGUCUUACUGUGUCACAUUGGAGUAGUCCAGCAUGCACUGAAAAAAUCCGAAAAGGCUUUGGAUACUUUGAACAAAGCUAUUAACAUUGACCCCAAGAACCCGCUAUGCAAAUUCCAUAGAGCUUCUGUAUUAUUUGCGAAUGAAAAAUACAAGUCUGCUUUACAAGAACUUGAAGAACUGAAACAGAUUGUUCCCAAAGAGUCUCUUGUUUACUUUUUAAUAGGAAAGGUUUAUAAAAAACUGGGUCAAACGCAUUUGGCCCUAAUGAAUUUCUCAUGGGCAAUGGACUUAGAUCCCAAAGGAGCCAAUAACCAGAUUAAAGAGGCCAUCGAUAAACGUUACCUACCAGAUGAUGAGGAACCAAUAACCCAAGAAGAGCAAAUCAGUGAAUGUUACCCCUAUGAAUCAGUUGGCACAGACGAGUCCCAAGAGAGCAGCAUGACGGAUGCAGAUGACACGCAGCUCCACGCCGUUGAAAGCGAUGAAUUUUAACCUCCGAAAGCCAGUAUAUCUGGGCUUGAGCGUGAGACUGGUACUGUUGUGUUCUCCCCUUCCUUCGCAUCCUGGGUCUUCACGUCACUGAGCCAGCAUUGUCGUUGUUCUCCACUGACACCAUGAGUGCACCACUCAGACUGCAGCUGUACCCAGAGUUAAUGGCAGUGCAAUGUUCAGCUGCUGCUGACUCUGCCGAGUUGGCUCUUUUACGUUUAUGAAAGCGACUGAGGAGGAAAUGCUAUUUUUGGAACUCCCCUUUGCUGGAAAAAAAAAAAAAUAUCAUGGAAGAAAGACUUGUGGUUUGCUGUAACGAAGCCAGUAGAUGUGGGGAUAGUACUAAUGAAGCAGUGUCUUGUUCUUUUUCCAGAAAUGUGUCUUAGUUUGGUUCUUUCUUGGUAAGCAGAGUGCUG